AUGGCCGCACCAUUUGGGCAACCAGUCCCAAAACGCAAAAAGGAACCUCAUAUCUACCCCGAGCCCUUCAUCGGCCCUCCUCUCGCAACUCACGCCCAAACUUUCAUCCUCCUCCACGGCCGCGGCAGCAACGGCGAGAAAUUCGGCGUUGAGUUCCUAGCGUCUAAGAUAUCGGAUGGGAAAACUAUCCCAGAACUGUUUCCGGGCAUGAAAUUCGUUUUUCCGACGGCGAAGAAGAGACGGGCGAGAGCUUAUAAUCGCGCGUUGGUGAGGCAGUGGUUUGAUGGUGUGCCUAUCGAUGAGCAAGAGGGGAUGAGCAGGGAGGAAAAGGAGUGGCAGGUUGAGGGGUUGGUUGAGAGUGGGAGGUUUUUGAGGGGGGUGGUUGAUGGGGAGGUUAGUUGUGUUGGGGCUAAGAAUGUGUUUUUAGGGGGUUUGAGUCAGGGGUGUGCUAUGGGAUUGCAUUUGCUUUUGAGUUCUGGGGUUGUAGGGGAGGGUGGAGAGGAUGGUCUUUUGGGUGGGUUUGUGGGGAUGAGUGGGUGGUUACCGUUUUAUGAUGAGAUUCAGGAGUUGGUAAACCCUGAAAGAAAUCUCGAUGCUUCUGAGGAAGAUGGGGAUGAUGAUCCAUUUGCAACAUCCGACAACGACGACGACUUUGAUUUUGAACAAGAUACUGGUCCUUCAUCAAUCGCAUCUCAAGUAACCGACUUCGUCCGUCAGAACAUGGAACUUCCCUCGCUUCCACACGAAAUCGAGCCAGCGUUCCUAAAGACGCCAGUUUUUCUGGGUCAUGGGAAGGGAGAUGAGAAAGUGAAGAUUGGGUUGGGGAGGGAUGUUGUGGGGUUGGGGAGGGGACUGGGGAUGGAUGUUAGGUGGGUGGAGUAUGAGGAGGGGCAUUGGUAUAAGGUUCCUGAUGAGAUUGAUGAUAUUGUGGGGUUUUUGAGAGGGGUGGGUGUCUGA